CCCUUCCUGAUGCCUCUCGCGUUGAAUUCCCGGUCCAUUCUCGACGACGACGACCCAACGGAGCUGCGAAUUCGAAUCUGGGGGCACCAACGGCGGCAACAGCCAAUCAGUCGCCGGUCCAUCGUGCUCUCGCGCCGUCAGGAGAAUAUUGCAGAAUCGAAGCUGGCGGCGAUCAAGGUGAAUUCCAGCAGAAAAGCCUUCCUGCCGCACAUCACAUCACAGGUCUUCUAAUCUGCGCCGCACCGCAUGGAAGGUGGCAUCCACAAAGCAGAGAGCACCGAGUUCAGGGACUUGCUCUACCUGACGUCAAAGCAGCCCUUCAUACUUCGCCUUGCCUUCUCCGCGGGCAUUGGUGGUCUCCUCUUCGGCUAUGAUACUGGCGUCAUAUCAGGAGCUCUCCUGUACAUUCGAGACGAUUUCGAGCAGGUCGAGAAAAGCACCGUGCUGCAGGAGACGAUUGUGAGCAUGGCGGUGGCGGGGGCAAUUGUUGGCGCCGGCGCGGGCGGCUGGAUGAAUGACCGGUUCGGGCGGCGGCCGUCGAUACUCAUCGCCGACAUGCUCUUCCUGGCCGGCUCUAUCGUCAUGGCUUUCGCGCCGGCGCCCCCGGUCAUCAUCGUGGGCAGGGUCCUGGUCGGCCUUGGCGUCGGGAUGGCCUCCAUGACGUCGCCGCUCUACAUCUCCGAGGCCUCACCGGCGAGGAUCCGGGGCGCGCUGGUGAGCACCAACGGGCUGCUCAUCACGGCGGGGCAGUUCCUCUCCUACCUCAUCAACCUGGCCUUCACCAAGGUGAGCGGGACGUGGCGAUGGAUGCUCGGAGUGGCCGGCGUGCCGGCGCUCCUCCAGUUCGUGCUCAUGCUGGCGCUGCCGGAGUCGCCGCGGUGGCUCUACAGGAAGGACCGGAAAAGGGAGGCCGAGGAGAUCAUGCGCAAGGUGUACCCGCCGGAGGAGGUGGAUGAGGAGAUCGAGGCGCUGAGGGCGUCGGUGGAGGCCGACAUGGCGCAGGAACGGUCCAUCGGCGGCGGCGGGCUCGCCGGCACGCUCAGGAAGGCGUUCGGCAGCGUGGUGGUCCGGCGCGGGCUCACCGCGGGCGUGCUCUGUCAGGUGGCGCAGCAGUUUGUGGGCAUCAACACCGUCAUGUACUACAGCCCGACCAUCGUGCAGCUCGCCGGGUUCGCGUCCAACAGCACGGCGCUGGCGCUGUCGCUCGUCACCUCGGGGCUCAACGCCGCCGGGUCCGUGGUGAGCAUGUUCUUCGUGGACAAGGCGGGGCGGCGGAGGCUGAUGCUGCUCAGCCUCACGGGCGUCGUGGCGUGCCUCGGCAUGCUGAGCGGCGUCUUCUUCGCCGUGGACAGCCACUCGCCGGACGUCAGCCUGGCCGGGACGGCGCUCUUCGGCGCCAACGGCACGUGCCCGGAGUUCGACCUCGCCGCCGUGGCCGGGGAGGAGUGGACCUGCACCCAGUGCAUCAAGGCUCCCUCCGAAUGCGGCUUCUGCGCCGCGGACACCGACAAGCUCCUGCCGGGCGCCUGCCUCCGGACGUCGGACGAGUCGCGGCGGGCGUGCCGGGCGGGGCGGCGCGAGUGGUACACGCGUGGUUGCCCGAGCUCCUUCGGGUGGCUGGCGCUGGUGGCGCUGGGCGCGUACAUCGUGUCCUACUCGCCGGGCAUGGGCAGCGUGCCGUGGCUCAUCAACUCCGAGGUGUACCCGCUCCGGUUCCGGGGCGUCUGCGGCGGCAUCGCGGCGGUGGCCAACUGGACGUCCAACCUGCUGGUGACGCAGACGUUCCUCAGCCUCACGCAGGCGCUGGGCACGGCGGGCACGUUCCUGCUCUUCUGCGGCGUGUCGGCGAUGGCCUUCCUGCUCAUAUUCCUUCUGGUGCCGGAGACCAAGGGGCUGCAGUUCGAGGAGGUGGAGCAGAUGCUAGGGAGCAAGGACUACAAGGCCUGGAAGAAGUUCAAUUCCAAGGCCUAAUAUAUAUCCGAUACGAUAGGGCUAAGCAGUUUGCGAUUGCUUUGCAUUUAUUCAUCUUUUAUUUAUUAAACUAAUUGUAGAGAAGCCAUAGACUAUAGGGUCAAUAGUUAUUUUGUGACAGAUCAAUAUUCUAGGUUUAGUCCUAACCCAGAAACUAUGAAAUGGUUUCCCUUAGGACAGUCUCGAUGGUAUAUGCUUAUUGUAAAUUUUGUCUCCCAAUUAAGUCAUUUGCUAAUGUUGAAAUA